UAAAAAGGAGAAUUCAUCGUGAGACGGGUCUGACUUUAGCAUUUUAGUUUUAUUUUUCUAAAGUUACACAGGCUUUUUUCAAAAACGGAUCACGGCGUCAACGUGUGAUUUUCCGAAAACCUUUGCCCGAAUCCAAGCAACGGGUGAAAAGAAGGCGGGUGGGUGUAUAAUAUUGGGAAUGCAAAUACUGCAACGCUUCAUAUCGUCGAGGGAACACGACUUUUUCACGGCAACUAAAACGACAACGACGGCAAGGUCUACGUUCUUUGAACCGUCCAUUCGAUUACACCAACAACAAACUACGAAAAAUCUCCUUUGAUUUGUUGUCUUUCUGUGCUACAAAAGAAACUUACACAGUCAUGGAGGACGGACUUACAAAUGAACAAACCGAAAAGAUUCUACAAUUCCAAGAAAUCACAGGGAUUGAAGAUAUGAACGUAUGUCGGGACGUCUUAAUAAGACAUCAGUGGGACCUUGAGGUGGCGUUCCAAGAACAAUUAAAUAUACGCGAAGGCAUUCCAACCACCUAUGCUGCCUCGAGAGAUGUACGCGCACCCGCUGUUAUCGAUGAUCGUUUUUUGCAGCAAGUGUUCUCUGCAAAUAUGCCCGGUGGCCGAUUGGCGCGUGUUGGUUCAGGUCCAAUCCCGCGCAGCUUUUCCGGCAUCAUCGGCUAUGUGAUCAACAUUGUAUUUCAGUACUGCUACUCAACAUUCGCGGGUGUUCUAAAUGCUUUACUAAGUCUUGGACGGAAUGACGAAAGAAUUGUCACUGAUCCACUCGGGGAUGUUAUGAGCUUUAUACGCUCCUACAAUGAGCGUUAUCCAUCGCACCCGGUCUUCUAUCAAGGCACAUAUGCGCAAGCGCUGAAUGAUGCUAAACAAGAGCUGCGUUUCCUGCUCAUAUACCUGCACAAAGAUGCCACAAAAAAUCCAGAUGUGGAUUCAUUGUGCCGCACCACACUAUCAAAUCAAUCGGUGAUUGAUUAUAUUAAUCGUAAUAUGCUUUUCUGGGGCUGUGACGUAUGUUCUCCGGAAGGUUAUAGAGUAGCACACGCUUUAAAUGUGCACAUCUAUCCGACGAUGGUGUUAAUUACACUACGAAACAACCGCAUGGUUGUUGUGGGUCGCUUCGAAGGCGAUUGCACUCCUGAAGAAUUGAUACGGCGUAUGCAUACUGUGAUCUCAGCAAAUGAAAUAUGGUUAAGUCAAGCGCGUGCUGAUCGCUUGGAGCGCAAUCUCACACAGACUCUGCGUCAGCAACAAGACGAAGCAUAUCAACUUAGUUUGCGUGCAGACGAAGAGAAGGAACGGCUGCGUCAGUUGGAACGAGAUGCAGAGCGCAAAGCACAAGAGGCUAUCGAACGGGAGCGCGCGGAAGAAGCACGUAGAAUAGAAGAAAUUGCUCGACUCAAAAUUGAGUUAGCUGAAAGGGUACCAAACGAGCCACCGGCCGGUACAAUGGAUGCCAUCAGUGUCGUAUUUAAACUGCCCAACGGCGCACGACUUGAACGACGCUUUCUGAAUUCCAAUUCAUUAAUUGAUGUUUACAAUUAUCUCUUUUGUCACCCGUCGUCACCUGAUGAAUUCGAGAUAACAACGAAUUUUCCUAAACGUGUCCUUUAUGCUAGUUCAUACUCUCAUAACGCCAACGUCAAUGGCAAUGGAAAUGACACCACAUUGGCUGAAGCCGGCUUGAAGCACCGAGAAGUGCUUUUUGUGAAUGACUUGGAGGCGUAAUGUCCAUAGCAAUAUUUUAUACAACAUACAACAGCAACAAACAAAACAAUCAUUGGUCAACGUUUGAUCAGAUUUCAUAGAGUAGUACAAUGAAUGCAAGUUUGUUUUGCCACUGAGCACGAAAAAACUACGCUACUAAAUCAACACUACCGAACGGGAUGUUUUCAGAAGCUGAAAGCAAAACAAAACAAAACGUAUAUAAGAUUUGUGACAAGAGCAAAUGAAGCGCUUGUUGCUGGACAUAUGAAUCGUGUGUCGUCGUGUUGAAGCUCAUAUAUACAUUUAUAACAACAUGCAUUGUUAUUUAAUUUAUGUGUUUCAAAUUUUUUUAUUAAUUUAAGUAAUUGUACUGUUUCCCUUGCUUUUUAACGUACUUAUCAUUUGUAUAGUAUGUAUGUAGCAAAAAUACUUGGACUAAUCUAACUUAUCUCUUCGAACCGAACACACUGCAUUAUUUCUCUCUCUUCCCUUCUCUCUUUACUUAUGACAGUCGUAAAUAACAUUUUAUCACAAAAAAAAACAAAAAUUCAGAAAGAUUUGUAGAAUUAUUUACAUUUCUAUAUAAAAUUUAAAUAAAACAGUAUGCUGAAGCAUAA